AUGGCAACCGCUUCACCAGCACCCCGGACCCCGGGUCGGACUCAGCCUUCCGCAGAAGUCCCUCCUGUCGUCACGGACACCAAAGACCAACGCCGAACAUCUUCUUUGGGUUUUCUUCGUCGCUCCAAGUCCAUUGAAAUUUUAGGCGAAAGACGCCCGUCCGGAAGCAAGAACGGAAAGAAGAUGCCGAAGGCUCAGACGGCGGAAGAAGAAGCAGCUCGCCGCCAGCGCGAGUCAAUGAUGUAUCAACAACCCCCGCGUCUACCUGAUCUCUCGCCGGCCCCAGUUCUUGAGACCUUUGGCGGCGAUGAGCGCCGGGAUACUGUUGCUGCCCCUGCAAGCCAGCCCGACUCAUCUCAGCAGCAAGCUGUGCCCCGCAGUACGAUAAGCACGCCAGUUGCCCCGGAGCCGAACGACGCCUAUGCACGAGCAGAGAGCAUGACACACCGUGGACGCUAUAGCUACGCAAGCAGUGCCGUUAGUACCGUCAACAACCCGCGUCGGCUGCGUCGGCGCAAGGAUCCCACCCCGUACAAUGUCCUUGUUGUCGGCGCAAGUAACUCGGGCAAGACCUCGUUCCUCAAUUUCCUCAAGAAGUCCUUGGAAUUGCCGCCGCAUAAGCACCCCUCCCGUUUGCCAGAGGAAGUCGCAUCCCAGGCUCGCCAAUCCCCCGCCAAUGAGGGCUAUGUUUCCCACUAUCUGGAGACAGAGAUCGACGGCGAACGAGUCGGUCUGACCCUCUGGGACUCUCAAGGCCUGGAGAAGAACAUCGUUGACAUCCAGCUACGAGGGGUGACUGGGUUCCUGGAAAGUAAAUUCGAGGAAACGCUAAGUGAGGAAAUGAAGGUUGUUCGGUCACCUGGAGCUCGCGACACCCAUAUCCAUUGCACCUUUUUGAUCCUGGAUCCAGUCCGCUUGGACCAGAAUAUAGCGGCUGCAGAGCGGGCUGCGCAGGGAACCCCAAGGGCAACCGAUACACCUGUCAUUGGCGUUCUUGACGAGCGUCUUGAUGUUCAGGUCCUGCGAACCAUAGUGGGCAAGACCACCGUUGUUCCAGUUAUCAGCAAGGCCGAUACGAUCACUACAGCCCACAUGGCGUACCUCAGGAAGGCUGUCUGGGAUAGCUUGAAGAAAGCCAAUAUUGACCCGCUGGAGAUCCUUUCCUUGGACGACCAGGAAGAGUACACAUCUUCUGAGAGCGAGGAUGAGGACGAGGAGGCGCAAGGUCAAGAUACCGAACAGGAUGCGGAGGCCCGGUCUCCACGUUCGCCCUCCCAGCGCAGCCAGGACACGCGCAAGUCUUCCGGUUCCCAAGCCGUCGUUCAGCAUAUCCCUUUCACCAUCUUGUCUCCUGAUCCACAUUCGCUUAGGGCUGGCGACGAGCCUGUUGGGCGCAAGUUUGCCUGGGGGUUCGCUGACCCGUACAACGCCGAGCACUGUGAUUUCCUCAAGCUGAAAGAGGCCGUAUUUAACGAAUGGCGCUUUGACCUCCGCGAAGCGAGCCGUGUGGUCUGGUAUGAGAGGUGGAGAACCAGUCGCUUGAACCGUAAUGUUGCUGUGGCCAGCGCUGCACCCCAGAAGAAGCUGUAUGCGGGGAGAACUGGUCCGGAUGUGCGCCGGUUCCGCUAA